AUGUCGAAAGAGAAUAUUCGAAAGAGACGCAAAAGCGCCGAAAAAGUUGGAUCCACGGAGAAGAAGAAAGGAAAGAGGCCCGAAAAGAGCAAAAGUAGAGAAAGUGUUCAAAAGAUCACAUCAGCGGAGAAGGCGAACCUCUCAGCUGAAGUACCAGAAACUAGUAAGGAUGUAGAAAAAAGUCGACCUCAAGGUUUUCUAAGCAUGCUUAAAUCCUUGCGCAUAAAAAAGAAAAAACGUGCAGAAAAAACAGGGUCCGAUGAAAAGACCCCGGAAAAAGCAGAUGCUGGCACAGACAGUGAAUCCCAAGAAAAAGGUGCUCAUCGCUUCAAACAUAUGUUGUCCUCAAUUUGGGAUAGAAGCAAAGCUAAAGCAGCAGAAAAAGGAGAGAAUGUAGAAAGUGCAGAAGAGAAGCAACGAACUGAUAGUGCCGACAAAACGAGUCGGAAAACAUCAAGUGUUAGUACCCCGGAGAAGACUACUCAAACAAUUUCAAAAACCGACACGGAAGACAAAGAGAAAUUUCAGUCUGGAUUGAUAUCUUCGGAGAAAACAGCGCGAAAGAAGUUGGAGAAGGAUGCACAGAGAGAUGCGACAGAAAGAGCUGUAGAAGUGAACGGAUUGAAGACUAUGAGGCUUCCGGAGAAGUCAUUGAUGAGCAAACCAAAAGCAGAAAAAUCGAGAUCGCUGGUGAGUAGCAUUAGAAAGAAUUGUGUAACUACGAUUUGA